AUGUUCCAUCAGUUGCGGAUCCGUGGAAUAGAUCGACACUCGCUGCGUUUCUUGUUUCGUGAAGAUCCAACCGUUACACCAGAUGUCUAUGUUAUGGACGUGGCUACAUUCGGGGCUACCUGCUCCCCAGCAUCGGCGCAGUAUGUCAAGAACAGGAAUGCCGCAGACUUUUCCGACAAGUAUCCAAGAGCUGUCGAAGGAAUAAUAGAAAACCACUACGUUGACGACUACCUCGAUAGCUUUGGUACAGUAGCGGAAGCAGUGCAGAUAUCGGAGCAAGUGAGGGUGAUCCAUAGCAAAGGAGGCUUUCUGCUACGAAACUGGCAGUCAAACAGUGCUACCGUGAAGCAGCAAUUGGGUGAAAUCACAGACUCCUCUAACAAACACUUGUUUCAUGAUAAAACUACAGAAAACGGACGCGUACUGGGCAUGCUGUGGUUGACGGACGAAGAUGCAUUAAGCUUUAUCUCACAGCUGAAGGAAGAAGUGCAGCAAAUCGUGGAAAAUGAAUCCCGUCCUACGAAGAGACAAGUUCUGUGGGUUCUCAUAAGUUUUUUCGAUCCGCUGGGCUUGUUGAGCGCUCUCAUGGUCCAUUGCAAGAUUUUGCUGCAAGACAUAUGGCGCACUGGACCUCAAUGGGAUGAGCAGAUCAGCGAAGAUCACGAGGAGCGAUGGCGGAGCUGGACUGCCGUGUUACAGCGAAUUUUGACCGUAAAAAUUCCCCGAUGCUAUUUCCCGAACGCUACCAUGCAGUGCUACCGUCAGCUGCAGUUACACGUCUUCGUGGACGCGAGCGAGGCUGCGUAUGCAGCUGUUGCGUAUUUUCGGAUCGUCGACACAAAUGGUACGUCAAAAUGCGCUCUGGUGACAGCAAAAACCAAGGUUGCGCCCCUGAAACACCUGUCCAUUCCACGGAUGGAGCUACAGGCUGCUGUACUUGGAACUCGAUUGAUUCGUUUUAUUCUGGAGUCCCAUACCGUAACUAUAACUGAGCGGUACAUGUGGUCGGACUCUACAACAGUUCUGGCGUGGCUUAGAGCGGAUCCCCGCAAGUAUAAGCAGUAUGUAACCUGCAGAAUCGGGGAAAUAUUGGAACAGACGGACGUGAACGAGUGGUGGUGGGUACCUUCGAAGAAUAACCCAGCGGAUUUCGCCACGAAAUGGGGAAGCGGUCCAUCUGUGGACGUUAAGGGUGCUUGGUUCCAGGGACCAUCUUUUUUGUAUCAACCGAUGGAAGGGUGGCCGAAGCAGAAAGUGCCAUUACCAAUGGUGGAAGAAGAGUUCCGUCCAUGCAAUGUUCAUGUGGAAGCGGCUGUACCAACGGCGGUGAUUGAUUGCGAGCGCUUCUCUAAGUGGGAACGUCUACUGAGAGCAACGGCCUACGUGCAUCGCUACGUGGGGAACCUGAAACGAAGCAUCUAUGGUGAGGCGAAGAAUACAGGUUUCCUCAAUCAAGAGGAGCUGCAGCAAGCAGAAGUGACGCUGAUUGCGAUGGCGCAACGACAGGAGUUCUCAGAUGAACUUGCGGUACUCUCACGUGAUCGUGACCGACCCAGAACCGAUCGAGUGGGUUUGAGCAAAGCCAGCUCGUUGUAUCAACUGACGCCAUUCGUCGACAGUUAUUAUGCGAGUGGAGGGACGGAUAGGAGCAGCCGCAAAUGUAUGCAUCGAGACGAAGUACCCUGCUAUUCUUCCCAAGCAACACCGACUGACAGAGCUUAUAGUAGAAGCGUAUCACCGAAAAUUCCAGCACGCCAAUUCAGAGACCGUGGUGAACGAGAUACGGCAGCGAUACUAUGUGUCUCACCUACGAGUAGUCGUCCGCAAGAUUGGGAGCGGAUGUAA